AUCAGUCAGGGGAACAGCUGAGAAAGAAUAUAUGAUUUGUGUGAAAAAAUAAAAUUAAAAUAAAAUAAAUCAUAUUCUAAACGGUUUAAAAACGUUUUAAAUGUAAAAACUGUGCACCUCCAACAUUGAGUGGCUCAUUUUACCCGAUGGUCCAAUUUACCUGACUUAACCUCACCCUGGUCCUACUUUAUCAUCCGUCUGAAGGCGUUCAUGUCUGUAGCCCACUGCCCUCUAGCGGCCAAACCGUAGGAUACAUGCUUCUGGACUUAAGACGGCGGCUGUAGUAUAACGCUUUCAAAAUAGUGAUCAUUUCACUCCACUCGCUUUCUCUUGCUCUCUUUUAUGUCCAUUGUAUUAUUCUCGAGUCGAAAUCCAUUUAAAGAAAAAUUAAAAUUAAAAUUCAAAGAAAUAUCCUACUUUACUUUUAAUUUUAUUUUUACUUGCAUUUUAGAUUGCAGAAUUAUAUAAUUACAUUUAAUAUAGGCUAUUAUUGGAGCUAUUAUUAUUAUUAUUAUUGAAAACUAGUGGAAGAUACACCUACAGUCAAUGGGCUAAACACACAGGAUUAUUUCACUUAAAGUUUACUCAAGAUGUGAACGCGGACAGCCUCCUGGCGAAACCAGUGAAGAGACCGAGAUGGCUGCGAGCCUGACCCAUGGCCUGACCGAGGAAAACGAAGCAGUCAUUAUCAAACUAAUCAUGAUAGGGAACUCUGGGGUGGGAAAGUCUUCCUUCAUGAACAGAUAUGUCAGCCACCGCUUCACUAAUCUGUACCGGGCCACUAUUGGGAUGGAUUUUCUGUCCAAAAAUGAAACUAUAGACGGAGUCAGUGUGACUCUGCAGAUCUGGGAUACAGCGGGCACAGAGAGGUUUCAAUCCCUGGGCUCUCCUCUGUAUCGCGGGGCUCAUUGCUGCAUUCUGGUGUUUGAUGUCACCUCCCAAAUCAGUUUCUCUUCUCUGGAACAAUGGAGAAAAGAAUUUUUAAUCCUGGGAGAACCAGAGAACCCUGAAACCUUCCCAUUUAUUGUACUGGGCAACAAGACGGACCUGCUAGAACGUGAGGUGUCCCCGACAAAAGCACAACAGUGGUGUGCGCUCUUUGGAGCAGAGUACUGUGAAGGAAGUGCUCGAGAUGAUAUUGAUGUGGAAAAAACAUUUCUGAGAGCAGCACGGAUGGGGCUACAGCAGUACAAAAAACACACAUUGGAAAAUACAGGACAUUUCCAGAUAACCUGCAAACAGCCAAGAGAAACUGGCAACAACUGUCAGUGCUGAAGACUCACCCAUCCAAACAUGGGCUCAGAUCUCCACACCUUUAAAG